GGCCUAAACAAAAUUGGGGUAACUGCGGGUUUUAGUAGGCACGUGCGAGGGAGCUGCCCGAAACGGAGUAGAACCUUCUGGGUCUUUAUGAUACAAUUUCAGAAGAAAGAUCUAAAUUCAGAACUCUCAACUACCAAAUAGGGUUUCGUCUCAACCAUCUUCAUCGCAACGCAAUGUCUUCUCCCGGCGAGUAUUAUAAAGCUCUUCCACCUAUAAUCAAGGCUUAUGGAACAGCUUGUUUCGUUGCUACCGCAGCUUAUGAACUUGGAUUAUAUAGUCCACUUUACAUUGCACUGUUCUACAGUGAAGUGUUCUAUCGUUUUCAGGUUUGGAGGCUGUUUACAAACUUCUUUUUCCUCGGGGGGUUCUCCAUCAAUUUUGGUAUUCGUCUCUUAAUGAUAUUAAGGUAUGGCGUGCAACUUGAGAAGGGAGUAUUCGACAGAAGGACGGCUGAUUUCUUGUGGAUGAUGAUAUUUGGAGCCUUUUCACUUUUGGUUCUGUCUGCAAUCCCCUUUUUUUGGACCCCGUUUAUGGCAGUAUCGCUUGUUUUUAUGCUUGUUUAUGUAUGGAGUAGAGAAUUUCCAAACGCCCUAGUCAGCUUUUAUGGACUUGUUUCACUUAAGGCCUUCUAUCUUCCGUGGGUGACGCUUGCUUUGGAUGUCAUUUUUGGUUCACCGAUAAUGCCUGAUCUGUUGGGUAUCAUUGCGGGACAUCUAUUCUACUUCUUGACAGUCUUGCAUCCUCUAGCAGGUGGAAAAAACAUUUUGAAAACUCCAAUGUGGGUACAUAAAUUGGUUGCAAGAUGGAGAAUUGGACCCCCACCAAUUACUCGUGUUAAUGACGUCCAACAAGAGAGCAGUUCAGGAGUUUUCAGGGGAAGAUCCUACCGACUUAAUGGGUAGAUGCAAUAAAGAAAGGGGGUGAAUUUUCCUGACAAGUUGUUUCAUCUUCCCUUAUAUAGGUUGGUGACUUGACACCACUGACGUAUGGAACUAAACAUCCCUUGUGAAUUUGAAUGAGAACACACUGUAUGAGCCUUGACAGUUCAUUGAAAAGCAUACUUUCUCUUGGGAAUUUAUCUUGGGAAAAUUUUACUUGUAAGAAAGGCUAGGAAAAAAACUCGUGAAAUUAGUAGUUGUCAAGUGCAAAUCUUGAUUACUUCUAUAUUCAGUAUGAAAGUCAGUUCCGUAA